AUUUGUGAAAAAAUCGAAAAAACUCAAAAAUAUCACAGAAAAACUUUUGAUUUUCGGAACUUUUUAGCAAAAAAUCGAGUGAAAAGUGACUGUUACGAAGAAAAAUCCACUUUUGGAUCGCUUUUCUUAUGUUUUUCGGCUAACAAAUUGUGCAAAAAAAAAACUAAAAAUUUUUUGCGUAACUUUCUAAAGUGUACAAAGGAAAUGAAAAAUUUCAGUUUGUAAAAAAUUUAAAAAAAAAAGUGAAUUUAAAUAAAAAAUCGAUUUUUUGUGUGAAAAAUCGAUUAAAAAAAACGAAAAAAAAAAUUUUGUGAAGAAUUUUUAAGAAAAGUCAGCCAAAAUUUAUCACUUAACAUACAAAAUGGGCACGGUACUAAGUUUUAGUCCCCGGGAACGUCGACCCAUAUACUCGACGCAGCACAGCAGCUUCGGCGCUGGCAGCACAGGCACCCUCAGUAACUCGAAUUCGGCGGAUUUCCAGCUGAACAAUUACUCGUACGAGCAGCUGAACAAUGUGAAAAAUCGGGAAAACACGAAACCGCCUAACCUGCAAUCGGUGCCUAAUCACAACAAUCAUCACAACAACUACCAGACGAACAACAAUAACGCGAACAACAACAACCUGACGAGCAUCACGAACCAUCAUCAUCAUCACAACUUGCACGGCAACAGUUUGGCGCUGCUGGGCGCCCAAACGCACAUGAACAACACGAAUCGCGAGAACAACAUGAACAACAAUCAGCAGGAACGGCAGGCAGAUACGGCGCGCAUCCUCUCGGAGAAAAAUGCGCUCGAAAAGAAUCUGAAGAAACACUCGUUGUUCAUCAAUGCGCUCUCGUGGAAGCGACUUGCGGCGUCGCACAACAAAAAGAAGCAACUGACGGCGGACAACAACAAAAACAAGGCUGCCAACUUGCCAACGGCGACAUUUCAAAAUGUGCAUCCGUCGUUGGCCAUGGACAAGAACAAAAAUGCCCAUCAGCAGCAAAAUCAGCAGCAGCAGCAGCAGCAAAAUCAACAACAACAACAAUCAGACUGCAAUGGAGUCGGAGUCGUUGGGCAAGGGCAGACUGUUUAUUUUACGCCAAAUGGACCAAAAUCCUUGCUGCCUUUAGAUCUGAUGCGCGCCAAUAACACGGCGCCGCUUCAACAAACUGACAAACUUGCCACGAAAAUUCCGCUUCAUUUGCCGCUCGCGUUACAGCAACAACAGCAGCAGCAGCAUCAACACGGUCAUGGACCUCGGAAAACUGUCAUUCAGGCGUCAACAUCUGAACUCCUCAAAUGCUUGGGCAUGUUUUUGCACGAUCGUUGCAAGAAACUCCGUGAUUUUCAGGCAGGCGACGCUGUUAUGUGGCUCCGUGCUGUUGACCGAAGUCUUCUUUUGCAAGGAUGGCAGGAUGUUGCCUUCAUCAAUCCAGCGAAUGUCGUGUUUGUCUACAUGUUGGUGCGUGAGAUUGUCGACGGCGAAGAGACAAAAGAGUCUGAAUUGCAAGCGGCUGUAUUGACUUGCCUGUAUUUGUCGUAUUCGUACAUGGGCAACGAAAUUAGUUAUCCGCUGAAGCCAUUUUUGGUCGAAGAUUCGAAGGAUAAGUUUUGGGAUAGGUGUCUUCUAAUUGUUAAUCGAUUAAGCUCAAACAUGCUUCGCAUCAACGCGGAGCCGGGAUUUUUCACGGAAAUUUUUACCGAAUUGAAGGGCUGUGGCACGCCAAUGUCGACAGCAACCACGCCAAACAACAACAAUUCGUCGUCUGCCGUGGCAUCGUCAUCCGUGACACACAACACAACAACCACUACCACGACAACGGCAUACCAUUACAUCAGUAACAGCGCUAGCAACAACAGCAUUAACAAUAACAAUAAUAACAACAACAAUUUGAACAACAACAACAACAAUAAUACCAUCAGUUUAAUCAAUUGCAGUGCAAACGGCACGGCUUGACGCAGAAACCAGCGAGAAGUGGUUGUACGACUUAGUUCCGCCGGUACGCAUCAACAGCAAAAGUAUCAGCACCAAACAACUUUGCAGGAAUUGACGAGUGUCGUUUAACUUCCGGCAUUUUCUUCGCCAUCAUUUUCAUCCUCUUCUUUCGUUUUUCGGUGUGUUUGGAUGCUUGAACGACCGUAAGGCACUGAAAUUAUAUUUUUAUAAAUUUAAAAAAAAAUAAAUCAAAGCGAAAAUGUUGCGUGGGCGUCAAAAUAUCCGCACAACAGGAAACAAUCACUCCAAUUUCCUUUGAACUUUUCCAUCAAUUAACUUUUAAUUAAACAAUUUUUUAGUCAAAUUUUAUCUGAAAAAUCAUAAAAAAAAAA